GAAAGGGAGAGAGAAGUAAGAGCAAGAGCCAGGUGAGAUCAGAGAGAGGAGAGUGAGGGAGAGGAAAGAUAAAGGAUUAGGUGAUAGUAGUCAGCGUGUUAGUGCCUGUACAGGUGAGUGGACUCUGAAUAGGAUUUCCCUUCAAGCUACAGGUGGAGAAAGCCUGAUACAGGACCAACACAACCCUUAUCCUUAGCUGGAUUUAGAGUGCUGGAGGAAGGUCUUGAACCUCAUGUGAAGAUCCAUGUGGUCACCCUAGCUACACAGACCUCCGUCCUACCCCUCCUCUCUUCAUAGACUACAGGGUGAAGUAAAGCCAUGGAGUGCCAGGUGGAGGAGCUGAGGCAGCAGCUGGAGAAACAGACCCUAGUCAACCAGGAGCUGCAGAAACACAACAAGGACCUGGAAAGAAGACUGCAGGAGACGGAGAAGUUGCUGCAGGAGCUUCAGAGUCAUUACCAUGACCUGGAGUUCCCUGAUCAGAGGAUCAGUAAUGAAGGGGGACUUGUGGUCAGGAAGAGCAGAGUGGCUGUCAUGGCCCCUGAGCCAAUCCCAGAGGAUCAGCAGGAGAUCAUAAAGACUAAAGUCAAGAAGACCGUCAGUGAGACGAGUCUGAUCAUCAAGGCCAUCCAGAGGAAUGACUUCCUGAGUCGCCUUGACGAUGAGCAGAUAACCAUGAUGGUGGAGCUCCUGGUGGCCAUCGACUUCAAACCAGGAAAUGAUGUAAUCAAGGAGGGCACUGAGGGAGACAGCAUGUACAUCGUAGCAGCGGGUGAGCUCCUUGUCAGUCAAGCAGAUUGUAGCCUUCGAACCCUGACCUGUGGGGAUGUUUUUGGAGAGUUGGCUAUUCUGUAUAACUGCAAACGCACAGCCACAGUCAAAGCCAAGACAGUGGUGCGUCUGUGGUUUAUGGAGAGACAGAUGUAUAGAACCAUCAUGACCAACAAGUCCAAGAAGAAACGUGAACAGCUAAUGGGCUUCCUAAAAACGUCUCAGACUCUGAAGGCCCUAAAUGACAGUCAGCUCUCUAAGAUAAUUGACUCCAUGGAGGAGGUGAAGUACCAGAACAAUGACGUCAUUGUACGUGAGGGGGCGGAGGGCAACACGUUCUACAUCAUUCUCAAAGGAGAGGUCAAGGUGACUAAGAAGUUGAAUGGGCAGGAGAAACAGAUUCGCAAGAUGGGCAAAGGGGAGCAUUUCGGGGAAUUGGCCCUGAUACGUGAAAUCCUGAGGACUGCAACAUGUACUGCUGUUGGCCCUGUGACCUGCUUCUCCAUCGAUAAGGAGGUGUUUGAGGAGACAAUCCCCAUUGAACACCUGGAGCUCCAUGAUGACAUCAGCUCUAAGGUUUUGGAGGAGCCAGAUGCUCCAGAGAAGACCAGUCCUAGUUCCUAUCUGAGACUGAAGGACCUGAUCCCCGUACUGUACCAGGAGGGGCGUUACCAGGGAGAACCUGUCACUCUCGGAGUGGGAGGGUUUGGUCGAGUUGAACUGGUGACCACUCUGCAUCAUGGAAAGUACUUUGCCAUGAAGCGGGUCAGUAAGAAACACAUUGUUGCCAAGCGACAGGAGGAGCACGUCCUGUUUGAGAAGAGGAUCCUCAAAGCCAUCAAGAGUGACUUCAUUGUCAGGCUCCAUUCUGCCUUCAAAGACACUCGCUACAUCUACAUGAUUAUGGAGUUCUGUGUAGGAGGGGAGAUCUGGACCAAGCUCAAAGAAGUUGGACGAUUUGAUGAGCCCAUUGCUGUAUUCUGCGCUGCCUGUGUAGUGGAGGCCUACGCCUACCUCCAUAAAAAGGGCAUCAUGUACAGAGACCUCAAGCCUGAGAAUCUGAUGCUGGAUGCCAAGGGCUACGUUAAACUGGUGGACUUUGGCUUUGCUAAGGAGUUAGUGCACGGUAAUAAGACCUACUCAUUCUGUGGUACUCCGGAAUACAUGGCCCCAGAAAUCAUCCAGAACCAGGGACAUGACUUUGCUGCUGACUUCUGGUCCCUGGGCAUCCUAGUCUAUGAGCUGCUGGUGGGGAGCCCUCCAUUCUCCAGUUCUGAGCCCGCGAAGAUCUACCCUAAAAUUUUGGACGGUGUGCUCAAGUUCCCACCUUACAUGGGCGAGGGGGCCAAGUCCCUCAUCAGUAAACUGUGCAGGCCUCGACCGGGUCAGAGGCUGGGAAACACCAAGAAUGGGAUUAAAGAUGUACGCCACCACAGGUGGUUCAGCAGUAUGAACUGGCACAAGCUGCGUGUGGGCCAGGUGGAGGCUCCUACAAUCAGACUCAUACGCAAGGGUCCGUGCUACAUCAACUUUGAUCGCUUCCCCUUCGACCAGGCUCUGGCUGAUGAGGAGUUCUCCGGCUGGGACAAAAAUCUCUGAACCAGAACCUGAACCAGUCCAAGUGAGUCAGAGUUCAGAGGUCACGGGUUCACUGAUAGAUUUACCCAGAUCAGACUACUUCUUGGUGACAUUGGUUUACCCCUUACCUUUAAGACUCUGAACGCAAUGUAGGGGUAGGGACACGUGUGCUCAUUGAAAGCUGUAUGUGUGUGUUGUGCCCAAAAGAAAGAUGAAUUAAUUUAAAAAAAGUUUGGAUGUAAUGUCUCAUGCUGGACAAAGAUAUGGUUUUACCGUUGACCCUCAUUGUACUUUGUAAUUUAGGAUGGCAUUAUUGUUAGUCUCUGUUGCUUGUAACAUAUACUGUCUGUAUAGAAUACUCAAUGUAUGUGUUUCACAUUAAAAUAAAUGUAUACGUCACCAAUGACCCUUAAAUGUAUACAUAGAGGAGAAAAAGUGCUUCAGUACAUGUCAACACUGCUGGGUGGAGGCUGAACAGGAAUGCAGUCUGUUCUAAAUAGAAUCCUAUACUGUGGUUUGGUACAGAGCACAGGUUUGGUAUGACGUCAAGUACUAUAUAGUAUUUGAACAUCAUUACACACUUCCUCAGUGUCUGUUAGCUUGACUUAAGCUAUUUUACUUGACUGUGGUGAAUCAAUCAAGUCAUUAGACCUCUAAGGACAAACAACUCUUAUCAGGAGGGAAUAACAAAACAACAAAUCAAUAUGCCUAAUCUGUGAUGGUAGUCUGAAGUACAUCUGAUUUAUGUUGGAUUAAAAACGAACUGGAUGAUUGAUCAACAUGUUUGGUACAAGUGGAGUACAAAUUGCCAUUGACAAUACUACUAUUAUGAUUAAAAAUAUGUUGUAUAUGCUGCCAAGGACAGCUUCCAGUGUUUGUUACUACUGUUUUUGAUUUGUGUAUAUCUUCCAGGCCAUCUUUGUAUACUGAACAAAAUAUAAAUGAAACAGUGUUGGUUUCAUGUUUCAUGAACUGAAAUAAAAGAUCCCAGAUAUUUUCAAUACACACA